CACGAUUUAACAAUAAAUAAUGGCUUCUGCUACUGGGAGGGUUGAUGAACUUGUGAAAGAUUAUUUAAUUUAUCGUGGUUUGACGACUACAUAUAGAACAUUUGAGGCAGAGCUAAAAAACGAGAAAGAAAAGGGUCUCAGGGCUGAUCGUAUUCUAGAACAAUUGCAGACAUAUGUAGUAAACUAUGAUCUUUCUAAUUUACGAGAAUAUUGGAGUUACUUGAAUCAAAGACUGUUUAGUCGCCUAGAAACAAGGUAUUUAAGCAGUGUACGAAAAUUAGAAGUAGGAUUGUUAAAGUUUUAUCUGGUCAAUGCUCAACAACUUAACAGACAUGACAGAGUUACUGAUUUCUUUGAAAAGAUGACACCAGAAUUACAGAAUCAAGCAGAAUUUAAAGACUGGUUUGCCUUUGCCUUCAUGAAGAAUCCAGAAGAACACAGUAAUUUCUCUAUGUAUUUCACCAAACAAUGGCAAGAUACAUUCUUCCUAUCACUGUACAACUUUCUAAGUGUUAUCAUACAGACUAUGCCAUCGCCAGUUUUAUUGAACUUUGACAUUGAACACAAAAGGAUGAAAGAUUUGCAAGAAGAAAAUGAGAAGCUGAAACAACAAUUAAGGUUUAACAACCAGCCUGUUAGUGCAAUACCAAGGAGAUAUGAUUCUGCAUCAUCAGAAGGUUUAAACAGAUCAGCUAAUUCACUGGAAUUGGUGUAUGAUUUUUCUGGAUUUGAAGAUGAUACAGUUGAACAAGAAAAACAACAGAAAACUGGAAGAAAAUUUUUCAAAAUGCCGGCUACACCAUUGGUAAGUAAGAAACCAGCAACCAAAGUCAUCAAGAAAACAGAACCCGCCAUUGAACAACAACCAAUGAGUUCUUCACCAUUGUCUCGUCAGCGAGGAUUGAAACAGUUGAUAAGUAACAAUCAAAACAAACACCCACCAAAUAGAGCAAAUUCUAAAUUAGAAACUGGAGCAUCAAAGUCACCAAAAGACUUAAAUCAAGGUCAAGAGAUGUCUUUGAUUUUGGAUCAGGUUGAAAGAACACCAGCAGCAGAUAAUCAGAAUAGUGCUGAAGUGACUCCUGUUCAUCAAAAGAUUCAGAUGAAACAAAAAGACUUUGUUAAAGAAAGACAGGAACUUCUAGGGGAUUCUGGGAAACAAAAGAAACGAGAACAAAAGCCUAUUAGUGUUGGAGAUACUCCAUCAUCUUCAUCAGCUCAAACAGAAGAGAUUACACAUGAAGUUACACAAAGGUCACAAAGUCAACCCGCUCCUGAAACACCACCCAUUAAAGACGUUAAAUGUUCAGAUGAAACAGAUAAAUGUCCAUUUCUACUGUUAAGCCAGGAGGAUUAUAUUGAACACAGAGCAGCCAUAUCCUACAGCAAGUUCAGUAAUACAGGGCAGUAUAUUGCCAGUGUAGAUGUCGAUGGGGUAGUUAAAGUAUGGAGUUGGAGUCCUCAGCCUACUACAGCUGCCACUGUUAUGUCAAAGUCAGCAUUCCUCUCUGUUGAGUGGACAACGAAGUCUGAUAGAUGGUUGUUGCUAGGAAACAGAUCUGGAAAUAUACGAUUAUUUGAUGUGAAGGAGAUGAAGUCAUUUUAUGAAGCAUCUGCAGAUGCUAGUUAUCCUAGAAUUAUAUCUUUAUGUUCCAAUCCAGCUGGAGGAUCAUUUGUGUGUUCUGCGAGUGUACAUAGAUCAAGAUCAGCUUCAGGAAGUUCAGAGUUACAGGGUUAUACUGGCAAAGUAGGAAAGCUGUCUUACUGGGACCUUAGAACAAUGAAAAUGAUUCAACAGUUAAAUUUAGAUCCUGGUCCUGUUGCUAUCAACUGUUGUUCCUACAAUCAUAAUGGACAGUUAUUAUUGGCUGGUGCUGCUGAUGGAAGGAUCAGGCUAUUCGAUAUGCAGCAGAACAACUGUAUUUCACAAUGGGAGGCUCACAAUGGAGAAGUUUUAUCAUUACAAUUUAGUUCUGAUGAAAACAUGUGCUACAGUUUAGGCACAGAUGAAAAGUUUUAUCAGUGGAACAUUCACAAACCAGACAAGUCUAGAGAACUUCCACUCCACUCUGGUGCUGCUCUACCAUUCCUGUCAAGUGGGUUAACAGCUAGUAAAGAGAUACCUAAAGGGAGAUUGUUUGCUUUUGACCCAGAGGGGCAGUAUUUGAUUUCAUGUGAUAAAAUGGCUGGAUCUCUUUACAAGAUAAAAACUGGAGAAAAUGCAGUCUUUAAUAGAGUGAUGGAAGUAAAGGGACACACAUCUUCUGUAACUACAGUAGACUGGUCCCCUAAUAUUGAUACUCAGAUGUGCUUGACUGGAGCCAUGGAUGGAAAGAUAAGAGUUACCACUCUUCUUUCAGAGAAAUGAUUUACAUCAUGCUAGAUUCAUUUGUAUCAAAAACAGUUCUUGGAUAAUAGACAGAUCAGAGUUGAUCUCUCUUCUUUUUCCAGAGAAAUAUCUUACAGUGUACUAACAGAAGUAUGCCUUAGCAUAACAUAUCUGUCAAAUGAAAAAUGUGCAAUAUUUUUUGUUUACAAUUAAAUGAUAAUCUACA